CAGAGCAGUGAUAACUGCAGUGUCUCUUAGGAGUGAGAUACCUGGAGUUCAGGAACUCCACCAGUGACAAUGCCAGCCGACGAGUUGGUUUUCUUUGUGAAUGGCAAAAAGGUGGUGGAGAAAAAUGCAGAUCCAGAAACAACCCUUCUGGUCUACCUGAGAAGAAAAUUGGGACUGAGUGGGACCAAACUUGGCUGUGGAGAAGGGGGCUGCGGGGCGUGCACAGUGAUGCUCUCCAAGUAUGAUCGUCUUGAGAACAAGAUUGUUCACUUUUCUGCCAAUGCAUGCCUGGCCCCCAUCUGCUCCUUGCAUCACGUUGCUGUGACAACAGUGGAAGGCAUCGGAAGCACCAAGACAAGACUGCAUCCUGUGCAGGAGAGAGUUGCUAAAAGCCAUGGCUCCCAGUGCGGAUUCUGCACCCCCGGCGUCGUCAUGAGCAUGUAUGCUUUGCUCCGGAACCAGCCUGAGCCCACCAUUGAGGAAAUUGAGAAUGCUUUCCAAGGAAACCUGUGCCGCUGCACGGGCUACAGACCCAUCCUCCAGGGCUUCCGGACCUUUGCCCGGGAUGGUGGGUGUUGUGGAGGACAGAGUGACAAUCCAAACUGCUGCAUGAACCAGAAGAAAGACCACACAAUCACUCUCUCACCAUCUUUGUUUAAGCCAGAGGACUUCACACCUCUGGAUCCCACCCAGGAACCCAUCUUCCCCCCAGAGCUGCUGAGACUGAAAGACACUCCUCAGAAGCAGCUGCGGUUUGAAGGGGAGCGUGUGACCUGGAUCCAGGCCUCAACUCUGCAGGAGCUGCUGGACCUCAAAGCUCAGCACCCCGAUGCCAAGCUGGUGGUGGGGAACACCGAGAUUGGCAUUGAGAUGAAGUUUAAGAACAUGCUGUUUCCUUUGAUUGUCUGCCCAGCCUGGAUCCCUGAGCUGAAUUCGGUGGAGCAUGGGCCUGAGGGUAUCACCUUUGGAGCCGCUUGCACCCUGAGUUCUGUGGAAAAGGUCCUGGUUGAUGCAGUUGCUCAGCUUCCCAUCCAUAAGACAGAGGUGUUCAGAGGAGUCCUGGAGCAGCUGCGCUGGUUUGCUGGCAAUCAGGUCAAGUCUGUGGCGUCCAUUGGAGGGAACAUCAUCACUGCCAGCCCCAUCUCCGACCUCAACCCUGUGUUCAUGGCCAGUGGAGCCAGGCUGACUCUCGUGUCCAGAGGCACCAGGAGAACUGUUCAGAUGGACCACACCUUCUUCCCUGGCUACAGAAGGACCCUGCUCAGUCCAGAGGAGAUACUACUGUCCAUUGAGAUCCCCUACAGCAGGGAGGGUGAAUUUUUCUCAGCAUUCAAGCAGGCGUCUCGGAGAGAAGAUGAUAUUGCGAAGGUGACCAGUGGCAUGAAAGUCCUGUUCAAGCCAGGGACCACAGAGGUAAAGGAGCUGGCCCUCUGCUAUGGAGGAAUGGCUAACAGAACCAUCUCAACCCUCAAGACUACCACGAAGCAGCUGUCCAAGUUCUGGAAUGAGGAGCUGCUGCAGGACGUGUGUGCAGGCCUGGCAGAGGAGCUGACCCUGGCCCCCGAUGCCCCCGGGGGCAUGGUGGAGUUUCGGCGCACCCUCACCCUCAGCUUCUUCUUCAAGUUCUACCUGAUGGUGCUUCAGAAGCUGGGCAAAGAGCACCCUGAUGAUAAGUGUGGCAGACUGGAUCCCACCUUCACCAGUGCCACUCUGCUCUUUCAGAAAGACCCUCCAGCCAACGUCCAGCUCUUCCAAGAAGUACCCAAGGAUCAGCCUGAGGAAGACAUGGUGGGCCGGCCCCUUCCCCACCUGGCAGCGGACAUGCAGGCCUCUGGGGAGGCUGUGUACUGUGAUGACAUCCCUCGCUAUGACAAUGAGCUGUCUCUCCGGCUGGUCACCAGCACUAGGGCCCAUGCCAAGAUCACGUCCAUAGACAUUUCAGAAGCUAAGAAGGUGCCAGGGUUCGUUUGCUUCCUCUCGGCAGCAGAUAUUCCUGGAAGUAACAAAACUGGACUUUAUAAUGAUGAAACAGUCUUUGCAGAGGAUAAGGUUACUUGUAUUGGGCACAUCAUUGGUGCUGUGGUCACUGACACCCCAGAACAUGCACAGAGAGCUGCUCAAGGAGUGAGAAUUACCUAUGAAGACCUUCCAGCCAUCAUCACAAUUGAGGAUGCUAUAAAGAACAACUCCUUUUAUGGAUCUGAGAUGAAGAUCGAGAAAGGAGACCUCAAAAAGGGAUUUUCUGAAGCAGAUAAUGUUGUUUCAGGAGAGUUGUACAUUGGUGGCCAGGAGCACUUUUACCUAGAGACUAAUUGCACCAUCGCUGUCCCAAAAGGGGAGGCGGGGGAGAUGGAGCUCUUUGUAGGUACACAGAACACCAUGAAGACCCAGAGCUUUGUUGCAAAAAUGUUGGGCAUUCCAGCAAACCGUGUUGUAGUCCGAGUGAAGAGAAUGGGAGGAGGCUUUGGAGGAAAGGAGACACGGAGCACUGUGGUGUCCACAGCAGUAGCCUUGGCUGCAUACAAGACAGGCCGACCUGUACGCUGCAUGCUGGACCGUGAUGAGGAUAUGCUGAUAACUGGUGGCAGACAUCCCUUCCUGGCCAGAUUCAAGGUUGGCUUCAUGAAGACAGGGAAGAUUGUGGCUUUGGAGGUGGAUCACUUCAGCAAUGCAGGGAACACCCAGGAUCUCUCUCAGGGUAUAAUGGAACGAGCUCUAUUCCACAUGGACAAUAGCUAUAAAAUUCCCAACAUCCGGGGCACUGGGCGGAUGUGCAAGACAAACCUGCCCUCUAACACAGCCUUCCGGGGCUUUGGGGGACCUCAGGGGAUGCUCAUUGCUGAGUACUGGAUGAGUGAAGUUGCAGUGACCUGUGGGCUGCCCGCAGAGGAAGUGCGGAGGAAAAACAUGUACAAAGAAGGGGACCUGACACACUUCAACCAGAAGCUCGAGGGGUUUACUUUGCCCAGGUGCUGGGAUGAAUGCCUAGCAAGCUCUCAAUAUUAUGCUCGCAGGAGUGAGGUGGACAAGUUCAACAAGGAGAAUUGCUGGAAAAAGAGAGGACUAUGCAUAAUCCCCACCAAGUUUGGAGCAAGCUUCACUGUUCCUUUUCUGAAUCAGGGAGGAGCCCUGGUUCAUGUGUACACAGAUGGCUCUGUGCUGUUGACUCAUGGGGGGACUGAGAUGGGCCAAGGCCUUCACACCAAGAUGGUCCAGGUGGCCAGCAGAGUUCUGAAAAUCCCUACCUCCAUGAUUUACAUCAGUGAGACAAGCACUAACACUGUGCCUAACGCCUCUCCCACGGCAGCCUCUGUCAGUGCUGACCUCAAUGGUCAGGCUGUUUACAUGGCUUGUCAGACCAUACUGGAGAGGCUGGAACCCUUCAAGAAAAAGAAUCCCAGUGGCUCCUGGGAAGAUUGGGUCUUAGCUGCAUACCAGGACAGAGUGAGCCUAUCUGCUACAGGGUUUUAUAAGACACCCAACAUUGGCUACAGCUUUGAGACAAACUCUGGGAAUCCCUUCCACUACUUCACUUAUGGGGUGGCUUGCUCUGAAGUAGAAAUUGACUGCUUAACUGGGGAUCAUAAGAACCUCCGCACAGACAUUGUCAUGGAUGUUGGCUCAAGUUUGAACCCUGCCAUCGAUAUUGGACAGGUGGAAGGAGCAUUUGUCCAGGGCCUUGGUCUUUUCACCCUGGAGGAGCUGCACUACUCCCCCGAGGGCAGCCUGCACACUCGUGGCCCCAGCACUUACAAGAUUCCCGCAUUUGGCAGCAUCCCCAUUGAAUUCAGGGUAUCCCUGCUCCGGGACUGCCCCAACAAGAAGGCCAUCUAUGCCUCCAAGGCUGUAGGGGAACCACCCCUUUUCCUAGCUGCCUCCAUCUUCUUCGCCAUCAAGGAUGCCAUCUGUGCAGCUCGAGCUCAGCACACAAAUUAUAAUGUGAAGCAACUUUUCCAGCUAGACAGUCCUGCCACCCCGGAGAAGAUCCGCAAUGCCUGCGUGGAUCAGUUCACCACCCUGUGUGUCACUGGAGCACCAGAAAAGUGCAAACCCUGGUCUCUGCGUGUCUGA